UUGAUGCGAGCCACUAUGGUGGCCUUCUUGUUCCAAACCGUCCUCAUAUAUAUAUAAUUUUUUUCCCCGAUCUGAGGAUCAAUAGUUUUUGAAAGGGGUUCAUGUUCCGUGCGGCUGAUCUAAAGAACUUCGGUAAAGCGGGAACCAGCUGGCACUUUGGCCGGACGAUGGACGAGCUGGUCCAUGAUCUGGUGUCGGCGCUGGAGGAGAGCUCGGAGCAGGCUCGCGGCGGCGGCUGCAGUGCCAGUCUCGACCUCGCGCUACCCGCUGGGCGCAUGCUCAAAAGGCAUGCUCGCAAACGCCGUGGUAGAAAGCGCCGCUCGGAGAACAGCACCCGGGCCGCACCGUGCCACGCCCCGUGCCACACAAGCCAUGCCUCUGACUCCAGCCUGGACGAGCACAGAGACACGCGCCUAUCCUCCAGCUCCAACGCCAACGCCAACAACAGCGACUCGGACGAGCAGCUCGGCGCCAAGCGUGGCAAGCGGCCUCCGUGGCACGAAGACCCAGGAAUCACCGACGCCAACCGGAGCCUUCGCAGGAGGCGCAAAGUGAAGCGCAUGGCCAUCGACCCGCCUCCGGAGUUCUCGCCCAAAUCCACAGCAGGGAGCAGGGAGGAUGGGAAAGGGAAUGAUGUAGCAACUAAAGGCAGAGUGAAGAAGAGGAAGCUGGCGCUGGCACACCGGCUAGUGCUGGACGCCGCAGACGAGGGCGUGGUCGUUGAGAGCGAGGAGGCGGGGCUUUCCGGGAAAGAAAAAAUGGACUUUGAGGAGCACAAGGGUUCAGAUGAAGACAUGAGUGACAGGUGUGAGACCAGCAGUGUGAGUAACAGCAGUGAUGGAGGUCUGUUCACCAAUGAUGAAGGAAGACAAGGUGAUGAUGAGCAAAGCGAUUGGUUCUACGAGGGCGAGGCAGGCGGGGCUUGUGGCAUCGCGGGUGUGGUCCCAUGGUGGGACAGGGACUCUAACGAGCUGGACCUUAACGAUCCGGUUUUCAACAGCAUCCUCACAGGGGCCUUCCCUCUCAUGUCCCAGGGAGCACAGCGAGGGUUUCAGGCCAGGCUGGCUCGACAUGCUUCACUGCAGCAGGCUCAGGGUGUUCCUCAGGUAGCUGGAUGUGCUGAUAGAAUUCCCAGAUUGUCCCAGGAUCCUCAUGCACAUGAGCCUUGGUUUAGUCCCGGAUCCAGACGUGAACAGUGUCAUUGGGAUUCGAGAUCAGACCGAGGUCACCGACGAAGCUGCUCACUAAAGACUGCCAGCAGACAGACAAGCGGCCAUCUUGGCUCAUUGUGUACCGGAGACGUUAAAAGGAGACGCAAAGCUGCACCUAUGGGAGCUCCCUUAUCCACAGGUAUGGUAGGAGAAGUAGUGCCACCAAUCCCGGAGUCGAACAUGGGAAACCGGAUGCUGCAGAACAUGGGCUGGUGUCCGGGAAUGGGCCUCGGACCCGAUGGAAGGGGCAUCACCGAGCCGAUCCGGUGCACACAGAGACCCAAGGGUGCAGGGCUCGGCUUUAAUUGAGGUCUGCGCUCCAACUGACCGGCUGACGCACAAGGACAGACUCGGAGCCGUCUGUUAUAAAGGCACUGCCUCCCAGCAGGGGGCAGCACUGAGACCAAGAUGGACAGCGAACCGAUACGAGAGAACGGAGCACAGGGACGUGACCGUUUGUUCCUUGAAGAACAGCCGGAUAUAGAGAGCAGUGAUUUUGCACAAAAACACACCGUGUCAUAUAUGUAGCCAUUUUAAAGGUUAACCGAUUUAGCUGUCGUCAUGAUUUCAUAAUUUCACCUCAUGCCAUAUCGCUCCAUUUCCAAACCAUGGGCUGUCCUAAUUUGAAUACUUUGCCAAUUGUACAGACUUUUUUUUUUAAAUGUGUGCUACUACUAUAACAAAUUUAAACCUGCCAAUACUAUGAAUUUGGAACGCUUCAUAAAUUAUUGCAAGUGUUUUAUUUAUAUAUAUAUAUACACUAACGUUCAAAAGUUUGGGGUCACUUUGAAAUGUCCUUAUUUUUGAAAGAAAAGCACUGUUCUUUUCAAUGAAGAUCACUUUAAACUAAUCAGAAAUCCACUCUAUACAUUGCUAAUGUGGUAAAUGACUAUUCUAGCUGCAAAUGUCUGGUUUUUGGUGCAAUAUUUCCAUAGGUGUAUAGAGGCCCAUUUCCAGCAACUCUCACUCCAGUGUUCUAAUGGUACAAUGUGUUUGCUCAUUGCCUCAGAAGGCUAAUGGAUGAUUAGAAAACCCUUGUACAAUCAUGUUAGCACAGCUGAAAACAGUUGAGCUCUUUAGAGAAGCUAUAAAACUGACCUUCCUUUGAGCAGAUUGAGUUUCUGGAGCAUCACAUUUGUGGGGUCGAUUAAAUGCUCAAAAUGGCCAGAAAAAUGUCUUGACUAUAUUUUCUAUUCAUUUUACAACUUAUGGUGGUAAAUAAAAGUGUGACUUUUCAUGGAAAACACAAAAUUGUCUGGGUGACCCCAAACUUUUGAACGGUAGUGUGUAUAUAUGUGUGUGUGUGUAUAUAUAUAUAUAUAUAUAUAUAUAUAUAUAUAUAUAUAUAUAUAUAUUUGCGCCAUGAUCUGAUCUAUUGUUUCCAGGAUGUGUGUAUAAAUUGCAGAUUUGUCUUUUUGUAUUUUUAUUUCUAAAACUAAUUUUUAUCCAGUGUUCCCUUAAUUCUCCCACUAGCCAGCUCUCCUGUAGUGACCAGUUGAGAAAGUUGCAGCCAGCUAACCUCAACUCGCAAGGCAACGACACACUCCGAGGAAAGCGCUAUUUGCCCUCUUCCACAUACACAAGCUCACAGACACAUGUGAUUGGUUAGUGUCACGCUGAAUGGCAGGAGAGAGCAACACUGUUGCUUACUCAUGACCAUGAACUCCUCGUCCCUUUUACGAUAAUACGAACACUUGUUUUUGUAAAAUAAGUCAGGAAAUUAAUAAAACUUAAUAGUACCCCAUCUGAUAUGCUCCAUCAGGGUUGCCAGAUUUUCAACUCACCAAUCAAUCCAACCAUCAUAUUAAACUAAAACAAUGCUAGCCGAUUUUUUAAAAUUAUUUUAAUUUAAUUUUAGUCCUUAGAAAUCGGGAAACGACCACAAUUCCAUUUUAGGAUCAUCCCUUUUUUGUUUUAUUUCAGGUUGGGAAUCUUUAGACCAUCUCAAUUGAAUGCAGGUUGGAUUCAUGAAUAUAAAACAAUUCUUGAUGAAUCUCGAUUCUCUAUGUGAUUUUUUUAUUAUUAUUAUUAUUUUUUAAACCGCAUGACUCUGUUUUCCCUCCCACGUUUUAGCAACUGAGAAAACAGCAGAGUGCAAAUAUUUUUGUGAAGGAACUUGCAAUUUACCUGUAAAAUUUAAUUAAAAUGUUUAUUAAUAUAUUUUAUUAUUGUUAUUACAUAUUUUACUGUCACUGUAUUGUGGUUUGUCAUUCAAAAUAACUCCUUUUUUUAAAUAUAUGUUUAAAAGAUUAUAUAGAUCUGUGCAUUAAUGACUGUAGUUUAAAGAAAGAAUCGAGAUGCGUCUAAGAAUCUUUUUUUUUUUUUCCUCCUAACCCUUGUUUUAUUGUCCGGUUUGUUCAGCAGAAAUCAGGAUGAGUUUGCUUGGUGAAAAUGUCAACACUGUGUGUCUAGACUCUCUUCAUUCACAUCCGGAUUGUUCUGUAAAUGAUGGAAGUUGCACAACCAUGCUGAAGCGGUUCACUGUUUUUAGACUUGAAAUGUUUCUGAGAUCAGAAUCUCUGUAUUAGAAUACAUCUUAAAGAUCGCAAAAGUGCUGGUUUGGGAUCAGUUUUUAUCCUGUGUGUGCUGAUAUACUGUACGUGAUGUGAUCAAGGCCACUGAUUGUAGAUCAUCUCCGAAUAGUAGCACUGGUUGGCGAUGCAAGAUCAACAUCACGAUCGAUUUGAUCACCACUCAUCAACAUCUGCAUGAUGACAUCCCGCUCUUUGGUUUGGUCCUAAGCUAAUCAACGAGCUUGCUGCGUUCCUUUAUGAAAACGUUGUUAUAACAUUCAAACAAACAAUGAUGUCAGGAUGUCGGAAUGUUUUGGCAGGAAAAGGUCACUGUGGUAGUUGGGGAUUUGCUCAGAUCUUUACAGCUUUACAUGAGUUUUGUAUUACAGACCAGAAUGCUGUUCUCGAUGUUAAAGCUGAAAUGAAUAAAACAGAGAAACCUCA